AUGAGCGUCACCGAUCCGUACUCGCUGUCCCCGCAGAACGGUGCGGUGGAGGCGACACUCUUUCAGCUGCUGUUUCCAGUUCACGCUACCCCUGCUACCGGAGUUGCCGUGGGAGACGCUAUCGAAGUGAAGACACUAAGCGGUGAUUCUCCUGAGAGGAUCGCUGGGGCACUUGCGGUGUCGUCGCCGUCUGUCUCCGAGCGAAUUCGGGCGUGGGAGACGGUGCCCCAUAAGCGUGCAGCGCGCUCGUUCCGUGGCACGGAACGCACUGAGCUGGACAACCAUGAAGUUCCCACGUUGCUACACACUGUGGAUACGCAGCAGCGGCAUGGCGCGUUUGCCGCGAAAGGUCCACUUGUGCGACACGCCGGUGCAGUUGGGCUGGAUCGCCGCACGGAUGCAAGUGCUGACCCCAGUACGGUACCAUUCUCGAUGCGUUUACGGGAAGUGGAGCGGCGAUUUCGGGAACAGAUGGAGGUGCACCGCGGUCUGACGGCGGCGUCCCGCCAAGUCGAUGUCCUUGAGCGUUCUGUUCAACUGUUUCAAGCAGAGCGGCGCACGCGAGGGUUCGCGCAGGCGCUUGCCGAUCGUCAAGACGCCAUCUGGGCCCGUGUGUGGCCUGCUAGUUCCCUUGCGAAGAUGGGGGACACUGCAGCGACUGUGCAUCGUCAAACGGCAGCAUCGCCUCGUGUUGCGCCCAUGCCGGCGGCGCGCCGUGGCGACAGCUCUGCGACACCUUCGACCAGCAGCGCUAUCUCACCUCCGCCCCCCGCGUCCCCGACGGGCUUCUUGCUGAAGGAUAUCCUAGACACCUACUCAACCCCGCGUGAGCUUCGAGAGGCUAGCGGCCGCAGCCGGAGUACGACGGCCGCCGCUCCUGUUCCACCAAAGGCAACGAAGGCGCCACAAGGAGCCCCACUCGCCCCGGCACGCGAGGCGCGGAGGACUGUCGCUGGGGUGGACAUUUUCCACCCCGAGAAGGCACCGAAACCGUACACUGUCAUCCGCUACGUCGAGGCGAGAUCCAAGCACGCCUCAGCCACACACGACGCUGUCGACCGCCAGGGCACCUCGACAUCCUCGGCUGUCACCCCUGCCACAGCGGCAGCGGUGUCCGCAGCAUCUUCGAAAAACCUCGCGAGAGGGGAAGUGAAAGGGGACUCCUCGCAAGCGCUCUCCAGCGUUGUGAGCGAGGAGCGUCAAGCGGACGAAGUAGGCGGAGGCAACGUCUCCGAUGAGAGCAAUGCCAGCGUCGCCGAUGAAGCCGCGUCGACGAAUGACACGUACGACGCGGACACGUUUGACUCGCACGUCUCAAGUAGAACCGCUGCGGAUGCUUGGAUGCGCAGCGCAAAGAGCUCUGCUGUGAGCAGCGCGAUUCCUACGGUGGAAGCGACGUCAUCUUCCCUCACACAGAGCAUUACCUCUGAAGAAGUCGAAAGUGAAGCUGCUGGGCGUUCGUUGAGGUGUAACUGCCGUGACGGUGGUACGAGGAGUGACGCGCGCACGACACCCUUUUCUGAAAUCCUGCAAGCCUUCUUUGACGCCUGUCGGUGCGUCUCGGCUGCCUCUGCUCGUCUGCUCCAGCCCCCGUAUAUUCAAGAGAGCAGCCAUGAUGCUGGUCAACACAGGCAACACACCCCGAAGCCGGCGAAAAUGGAUGCCCCGCGUUCAGUCCCGAAGGCAGUGGAGGAUGCUGGCGAACCGGGAGAGAAGGCGAAGGAUGCUGCAUCACGUGUCACCGCGUAUGCAGUCACUGGUGCAGAUGUCUCUCCAGCUUCUUGGCGUGACGCCCUGGAGCGGCAGCUACGCAACAUACGUCGCCUUCAGCGCUUUCGUGUACACCUGCUUCGCCACCUGAAGCGCAUUGAUGUGCAGCGGCAGACUCACUGCAAGGCGACACGGCUGCUGCGGGAAGCCCAAGCCCUCGCCAAAGUACGCCGUAAACUGCUCUCCGGCUCUAGCGUCGGGGGCGAAGCAUCCUUGGGGAGUAUGCUGCGUCACGUGAAGGGCGUCUCCACGGGGACAGGUGAGCGGAGGGACCCGCGCCGCGGUGGCGGUGGGCAUGGCCAUGGCGCUCCGCGGCAACAGCAUUCCCUGCCUUCGCGGCUGAGAGCGAGUGUCGUGAGCGACGCCGACACAAUAUCGGAGGUGGUGUUCACCGACAUGAACAGCAGCGUCGGCGACAUCAUCUCAGCUGACUCCAGCGUAGUGGAGGAAGAGAUGCAGUAUGGCAGCGAUCAAAGCGAGACUUUCAUCUCGGACAGCAUCGUCCAGGAAGAGGUGGCCAGCUGGGAUGGGGCCUCCGGACACAGCGAGGUGGCCAGCGGUGGUGGCACCAUCUUGACCGAAGUGUCCAGGAGCCAUGGGGGCAACAGUGACCCCUCUUACGGCAGCGACUCCUUCGAAGCGGCGAGUAACGCAGGCGCUGCGGAACGUUCUGCGUGGAUCACGCGGCCUGGUAUGGUGGCUGAAGUCCGCCUAGACGAGAUCGAGGAGGAACUCGCAGACCGAUUAGCCGAAAUAUCGUCGGAUGCCAUCUCCGAAGGGAGCUCGAUUCCAUCCGACGUGGAAGAGCUUGUUGACCUGCUCCCCUCUUCACUCAUCCCAAGCGAAAUCGACGACGACGACGCGAGCCCGCAAGGCAGCUCUGCAACCACCAUGGACUCCCACGUUGCCACUGGCAUGAGCAGCUCCGCGGCGGCCUUGCGGGGACAGCAACGACGCAUGUACGUUGGCGCAAAGGGCACCACCGCGUGGUAUGCAGCUGCCGGAGAAGGGGUAGCGAGUGGUGGCAGCGGGGCGCUGACGGAUCACAAGGCCUACAUUCGUGACUCUCCUGGCUCUAGUGUGUACAGCGUGCCGGAGGACGCCGAUGUGGACACACCUAUGCUGCAGUCCACAGACGUCCACUCGGAAGGCACCCGAGACUCGGUGCCGAGGGCGAGUGGAAGCGUAGCGGACGUUAACGCGGCCGCAUCCCUCGCGGCGGCGAACGAGAAGCGUAUUCAUGAAAGGCGCAGCCCGACCUCCUCGACCAAGAGCGACGGGAGCAGCAGUAGCUCGGAGGAUGCCUUGACAAUGUUGGAGGUGGACAUGGCCCUUACGAAGGAGCGUCGGCACCACGCGUUGCGCUCUGCGUCUGAUGUGCCAACGUUUGAGCAGCUCUACAACCCAUCCGUGCCCCCGCUGGGGGAAGGGCCACCAAAGGGAAGCGGCAACGCCAGCACCACCAGCUCUGCCGGCAGCGGCCGGUCGUCCAAGCCAGAUCGAUGGAAAGGUGGAUCUUCCCACAGUGUCGACAUAGGGCGGUCGAACACCGCAGUCUCGUCCCUUCAUGAACGAGGUGCAGCGCACCCUCUGCACUACCCGACAGCGCGGAUGGAGGCCGGCACACAGGCGGAGAUGCCCGCCAUGGACAGCCACCCCACGGCCGUAUUUGGGGCUUCACGAAUGAAAGCGGCAUAUCCGACGGAGGACUACGUUGCGCAGAGUGCGUGGAAGGCGCGUCAGCUACACCUCUUGCGGCAGCUGCGAUUACCCAUUGUGGAUGACUCGGAGGACACGGUGAAGAACUCAGCGGAGGCCACCGACAACACAAGUUGCGGCUUUGAGCAGCGGCAUCGUCCGCCGAAGGACAAAGCCGAUGCCGUGCUCGACGCCGCCGAAGCUGCAGCACAUGAGGAGUGGGCGCAACACUGGGGUGUUGUGGAGUCGCUGCUGCAGACGCGUUUUUCCGCGUCAUCCUGCAUCGGUAGUGGCGCGCUACCGUCAUCCUCGCGCCGCACAAGAAAGGUCCUCCUACAGCGCUUCCCCUCGGAUUCAACGCCACCUACUCGGGACGCUUCUCAGUCGAGUGUGCCGGUGCCCUCUGCAUCACGCUGA